AGACUAGCAGACUAGAUAUGGUUCCCUCCCCAUAGCCUGCUCUCUCCAGUAGCUGCCUUCAUUCCAGUUGAAAGGAACUUUCUGGCAGCUCAUUGGCCCAAGAGUAAGGAAAUGGUUGCUUAGCAACCAAAUCCUGACCCCUGCAAACCUGUAAGAGGAAACUUGUGGGCCAGCCACCUAGUUCUGCCUGUGUUAUAAGUAAGGAGGAACUGCUUAUGAGAAGAUGAAGCCCCUGUCCCUGUUAAUAGAGAUAUUGAUCAUUCUUGGGGUCAUAAUUAAAAAUAUCGAAGCAGAAAAGCAUAAUAAAAAGCAAAAGGAAAGAAAUGUCACCACACAGGUAUCAGUUAACGAAGUCAAGCGACUUUUAUCACAUAUAUUGGAACGAAGAAAAUUGAUUAAAGUAAUCUAUCAAAGAGAAAAUGCCUUAGGAAAAAAGAAGAUUCAACGUAAAUUAAGAAUAAGAGGAAUUCAAAAUAAAGAUCUCUCAAAAAGAAAUAAAAAGCAUUUAAGAAAGCAAGCAAAGAAAAAUUUCACAGAUGAAGGAGACCAGCUGUUUAAGAUGGGCAUCAAGAUUCUCCAGCAGUCUAAAAGCCAAAAACAAAAAGCAGAAGCCUAUGUAUUCUUUGCCAAAGCAGCUAACAUGGGAAACUUGAAAGCUAUGGAGAAAAUGGCCGAUGCUUUGCUAUUUGGAAAUUUUGGUAUGCAAAACAUAACAGCAGCUAUCCAAUUAUAUGAGUCCUUGGCUAAAGAAGGAUCAUAUAAAGCCCAAAACGCAUUAGGAUUUUUGUCUUCUUAUGGAAUAGGAAUGGAAUACAAUCAAGCCAAGGCACUGAUAUAUUACACCUUUGGAAGUGCUGGAGGAAGCAUGAUGUCCCAAAUGAUUUUGGGGUACAGAUAUUUGUCAGGAAUCAAUGUUCUACAGAAUUGUGAAGUUGCCCUAAAUCAUUACAAGAAGGUAGCAGAUUACAUUGCUGACAAAUUGGAAAAAAGUGAAAGUAUUCCAGUGGAAAAAGUGAGACUGACUGAGAGACCUGAAAAUCUGAGUUCUAACAGUGAGAUUUUAGAUUGGGACAUAUACCAAUACUACAAAUUUUUGGCAGAAAGAGGAGAUGUGCAGAUACAGGUUUCUCUUGGACAAUUACAUCUAAUUGGGAGGAAAGGUCUGGAUCAGGAUUAUUAUAAGGCAUUAUACUACUUCUUAAAGGCAGCAAAGGCUGGGAGUGCAAAUGCCAUGGCAUUUAUAGGAAAGAUGUAUUUAGAGGGGAACGCUGCAGCCCCACAAAAUAACGCAACUGCCUUCAAAUACUUUUCCAUGGCAGCCAGUAAGGGCAAUGCAAUUGGUCUUCAUGGGCUCGGUCUUCUUUACUUUUAUGGGAAAGGAGUUCCUGUGAAUUAUGCUGAAGCACUUAAAUACUUUCAGAAAGCUGCAGAGAAAGGAUGGCCCAACGCACAGUUUCAGUUAGGCUUCAUGUACUACUCUGGCUCUGGAGUAUGGAAGGAUUAUAAACUUGCCUUCAAAUAUUUUUACUUGGCAUCUCAGAGUGGGCAGCCCCUCGCCAUUUAUUAUCUGGCCGAGAUGUACGCAACAGGAACAGGAGUGUUAAGAUCGUGCAGAACUGCUGUGGAGCUUUAUAAAGGUGUCUGUGAACUAGGCCACUGGGCUGAGAAAUUCCUGACAGCAUACUUUGCCUAUAAGGAUGGUGAUAUAGAUUCUUCUCUUGUUCAGUAUGCACUGCUUGCAGAAAUGGGGUAUGAAGUAGCUCAAAGCAAUUCAGCAUUCAUUUUGGAAUCUAAAAAGGUUAAAAUUCUUGAAAAAGAGAAGAUGUAUCCAAUGGCACUUCUCCUAUGGAAUCGAGCUGCCAUUCAAGGCAAUGCAUUCGCUAGAGUAAAAAUUGGAGAUUACCAUUACUAUGGCUACGGGACUAAGAAGGACUAUCAAACAGCAGCCACACAUUACAGCAUUGCAGCCGACAAAUACCACAGCGCUCAAGCCAUGUUUAAUCUGGCCUAUAUGUAUGAACAUGGCUUAGGUAUCGCAAAGCCUGGGGGCAAGGAUGACACAGGGUCAACUGUGCACCAGAGAGGACACUGCCUACCAGAGCCCAGAUGGCCCACUGUAUCAGAAGGUCUGGUUUUCUUCCUUGGAGUCACCGCUAGCCUCUCUCCCAGUCACUUUCUUCACUAUGUCAAGCAGCAGCUGUCAAGACAUACAUUUCACACAUUUAGAAGAAACUUUGUAAUUUGUCUCUGGACACAUUUCUGUUCCUUCCUAUCCAGGUCCUGUUAAAUCACAGGUAGUUAGUUCAUUUUGAUCCUUUCUCACAGUCACAGGUGUAUUUUUUCCUACAGAAAGUCUCUACACAUAAAAAAUUGUAAACAAAAAAUAAGAAACAGAGCUGAACUUAGAUCCGGACAGAGGAAUUUUAGGUUUAGUUGGUGAGGAGCCAUUUCUCUUUUGUCUUUAUUAAUUUCUUCUGUUUUGCAAUUUGAAAAAUAAUAACCAAGUACCCAGGGGCAAACUUUAUUAAUCUUGCCAUCUCAUAGUCAAAUUAACAAGGAGAUACCUUUUCUAAUCCUUAAAAUGAAUAUUCUGAUAAUUAAAAAGCUGAAGCUUGUUCGAGCGAUGGUUAAUGAAAGCAAAGCAAUUAGAACAGACUUUCACAGCAUUUAAGUCAUCAAGUAAUUAAGCAUUUCUUCAGCAGGGCACUUCACAAUCCUCUUUAUUAGUUAGUCCUCAUGCAAACCAGCAGCAAAGAUAAGUAUAAUAUCAUUACCAGGAUUUCUCUGAGAACCGAAAAAGGGUUUGUAAACCAAAACUCUCUGGGAGAAGGAAGUGAGGUAUAAAUCAACCUGUGGUAAAUCAGUAUAAAAAUAUGGGUCAUUGUUGUCCUCAUCUGUCUUUAGGAAAGGGCAUCAGGACUGGGUGAUGUAGGUGACUUAAUUCUAAUAGCUUCACUGAGAAGCAUCUCAUUACCCAAUUUAUGACUUCGAAUUAAGCUCAGUGAGCUCCUUGACUUAAACUGUGGGCCAAGACUGGCUGCACCAUUGUUGUGGGAAUAUAAAAUAAUGCCUGAGGAAGAACUGGGAGAGGACCUGAACUAAUUCAGAAAUACAAGCACUCAGCUCACAAGUUGUUAUGCAACUAUGUCUCAAUUUAUGCUUGAUUCAGAAGUAUUUCAGAAAUUUAACCAUGAACAAAAUGAUUUGCCCAUCCCCUCCUGCCCAUUCCUUCUGUCUGUAUCCUGGUUCAGGCCAGUACUUCUGUUCAUUCAGGCUUGUUGUAAAGGCUUCUCAGUCGUCUUCCAUUCUACCGUUCUUCCUUUAAAUCUGCUCAGAGAAAGCUGUGUCUGCCAAAGAUAUAUAAUCUCCAAUUCACGGGGAGGACUUGUUGCUGACAUGUGUCUUCUAGUCAGAGACUACAUUUCCCAGCUCCCUUUCAUCCUUGUGACUAGUUCUUACCAAUGGGACAGAAAUAAAAAUGAAGGGUGUCAUUUCUGGGCUAAGGCGGCUAAGAAGUAGAUGGAGCUUCUCCUUAGUCUCUUUCCCCUUCCAUUUGUUAAAUGCAGAACUUAUAGAGGCUCUAAGGGAUGGCAGAAUCACAUAGUAGAAGGAGGGUGGGUCUCUCAGUUACCAACCAGGAAUACCCCUGUUGAAAUUUGGGGGUUGGGUGAUGGGCAUUGGGGAGGGCACCUAUUGGAAUGAGCACUGGGUGUUGUAUGGAAAGCAAUUUGACAAUAAAUUUCAUAUUUAAAUAAAAGAAAUUUGGGGGUUUAUUUGUUACAGGUGUUAGCAUUACCUUAGUUAACACAUAAUCCAUCUAACAGAGCAGUACCAUGUUAUUUUUUAUAAAAUACAACUCUGAUACUGUUUCUCCUCCACCUCACUCCUCCAAAAACCAUGCACACACAGAGAAAAAAAAUACAAGCAAACAAACAAAAAUAAAAUGAUCUUAUUGACUUUGUAUUGCUUAAUGAAGUCCAGACUUCUUAGUCUGGCAUUCAAACCUACCUUGACAUAACCUACCUACUCCCCUAUGUAUGUUCUAGGGUACUUUUCCUUCCCUCCCAACUAGAGACCUUGAACUUAACCCUCCUGACUUUCGAUCAUGUCACCCCAUUUGGUAGAAUGAUCUUCUCCCACAGUUUUGACCAUUAAAGACCCCUGAGUUUUUCAAAGAAUAGUUCCAUUAUCAUCUCCUCCAUGAACCCUUCAAUGAGCCCCCAGAUUUGAAAGAUAUCUGCAUCUGCUUCUAAACUACCAUGGCACUGUGACUUGUUUUUCUUCACUUAUUUAUUCGCUCAAAUAUUUUCAUGUGCUUAUUUUGUGUCGGGAAGCAAUGUGCUUCAUCCUAGGGAUAUAAGAACAAGACAACCUUCAAAGAGCUCAUAGCCUACUAUAGAAGAGAUAUGUCCAUAGCUAUAGUGAAAGCCUAAAAAGGCACUAGUGGAUGCUCACACAAAUAAAGUAGUGUGAAAAUGUUAAAGAGGGAACAGUGAAUUCAGGUGGAAGGAUCAGUACUGCCAGGUCUUGUUCUAAAAUGAUUUUAUAACAUGGACUAUAAGAAACACAUGACAAAUUUCUUUAAUGGAAGAAAGCAGGUAUGUUUUAAGAUAAGGACUAAGAAAUCUAUCCUAAAUUAAGACAAAAGGAGGGGAGGAAGUAGCCUUUGCAGAUGAGUUUCCAGUAUAUAUAGUUAGACCUACCAGAUAACACAUUUUUGGGAUCCUACAAAGAAAACAAAACCACAUCUACUGAAUAAAUUAUACAUAAACCUAUCAAAAAUAAGAGUAAUUAUGACACGAGGUAUUUUCACUUCUCAUUUGUCUGGUCUGACCACUUAUAGAGUGUUAGAGCUGAAGCUUUAAACACCAGAAUAGAAUUAUUUUCUGGAAAGGACAAGUUCAAGUUAGAUAUUUAAAAUGGCCUUCUCAGAAAUAUGACAGGACAAAACACACAUCUCUUUAAAAUGGCCAUAACUCCUCUUGGAAUAAAUGGCUUAUUACCUAAUAAAAUAAUCAGAAAUGUGCAAAAUAGUUAUGUGUGGAUAACUUUAUUUAUUACAGGAAAAAAAUCCUACAAGCAAACAAACAAACUGCUUCAAAAUAGAAGACAUGCUCUAUAAACUAUCACAUGGUAGUACACCACUGUAGUAUGUAUUUUAUGGCCCAGUGACUAGGUGAGCAGGCUAGAAGUAGACCAUCUGGAUGUGAAUGUCAGUUCUGCCACUUAUAAGUGACAUGAAUUUAGGUAACUGACUUAAACUCUCUGUGCCUCAGUUUCUUCAUCUUUAUAGUAGAGUUAAUAUCAUCUGCCCUAUGUAAUUGUCAUGAGGUUAAAAUAAAUGAUGGUGGUAACUGGCACACAAUAUGAGUAUUUAAUAAGCAUUAGCCAUUAUUAUGAAAUACUAUGCAACUAUUAAAAA